GCGAAGAGCCGAACAGCCGAACACAUUGCGAUGAAAAGCAGUAUAGUCAUUGUGUGUCACAUUUGUGGUGAUGUUGAUUGUUUUAUAAACAAACCUGUAUUUUGUGCUAAAAUGUCUAAUGAAACGCAAAUCCUGAGCUUAAUUGACGAUAUCCUGAAAAUCGAUUCAAAUGAGGAUGUCUUUCCUGGCGAAGAAGAGGACAAAUCGGACGCUUUCCAGAAGAAAAUAGGAGCGCUCUUCGGGGGCCUGACGAGUGAGCAGAAGGAAAGCACCCUCCGGCAGUACUUGGUGAAGGCCGCAACGCAGACCAACCUGAGUCAGCUGAAGCUUCUGCUGGAGACUCUCUCUUUCCUCGUGCGGGAAAAUGCUCUGCCGGCGCGAUUGCUGUGCGAGCAAAUCCUGGGAUGUGAGAAGCUGGUGUUCCAGAAUCAGAACUUCUGGAUUGAGAGCCUGAAUCUACUGAAAGCCUCAAUAGCAUCGAGGCGUGGCAGUGGCGGCGUGGAUUACAAGGGCGUGCGUGAGAUCAUGAGAGGAUGCCGCGAGAAGGCUCAAACAUUCCCAAAAGCCCUCAAUUCCAGCACUCUGCCGCAAAUGCUAGUGCUGGAGAGCAUCAUUGAGUACAUCUUCGACAGGAAUGCCUGUCUAUUGCCGGCGUAUUUCAUCGCCAAUGAGAUUCAGAAGACAGAAUGUCCGGAAACACACUGGAAAAUGGCCAGAUUGAUGGCGACUUUCGUGGAAGAGUUCAGAAACACCGCGCAGAUGCUCACCAUCAUCGGGCAUUCACAAAUGCUGCCAAUUGUGGAGCACUUUGGGUAUGCUGACCACCUGAUAAAUCCCUGGAGACUGGACAGGAACACCCUCAAGUUCACGCUCAAGGGCAUUCUUCCGUACGACACGGAUUUGCUGCAGCCACAAACGGGACUCCUGCGAUUCGUACUGGAGCAGCCAUAUUCCAAGGACAUGGUGUGCUCGAUUCUGAAUCUCCAGAAGCAGCACAAGCAGCGAUGUGUAGCGCUUGAGGAGCAACUGGUGUGGCUGGUCAUCUCCGCCAUGGAGCGCUCGGAACAGGAAACGGCGUCCACAGUGUUUCAGACACCCGAUGCAGCUGGGCAGUGUGACGACAAGAUGAGUUCUGUGCACUGGCUCUGGCUGCACCUCUCAUCUCAGCUCAUCUACUUCGUCCUCUUCCAAUUCGCCAACUUUCCCACCAUCGUCAUGGCGCUUCACGAUAAACUGGCAACGCGCACGGAUCUGCGGAAGGGCCGAGAUCAUCUCAUGUGGGUCUUGCUGCAGUUCAUCUCAGGUAGCAUUCAGCGCAAUCCGUUGUCGAAUUUCCUGCCUGUGCUGAAGCUCUACGACAUCCUCUAUCCGGAGAGAGAGCCUUUGUCAGUGCCGGACUUCAACAGGCCGUACUGCACACGCCAAAUGGCGCCCACCUGCAUUUGGAUCCAUCUGCUGAAGAAAGCACAAACGGACCAGAUCAAUAUUCACCGGCAAAUCCCGAAGGCUCUCAAGAAUCAUCACGAAUUCUUGCAGGAACUCGUGACACCUUCCAAUCCUUCGGUUCUCUCAAUGGGAUCGGACUUCAGGAUUGCUCUCCUCUGCAAUGCCUACUCCACGAAUCAGGAUUACUUCUCUCGCCCAAUGGCGGCGCUCGUGGACACAAUCCUGGGCAAUCAGAAGAGCGGCACUGGCUCAAGUGGCAGCGGAAGUCAGCAAGUGCCGACAGUGCCGCUUUCGAUGGUCAUCUUGGAUAGUCUGACGGUGCACAGCAAGAUGUCUCUCAUCCACAGCAUCGUGACACACAUGAUGAAGCAUCCGCAGUCGAAGAAUGCCAUGCCCAAUGUCACCAACAUGGCUCCGGCUCUCGUGGAAACGUACUCCAGACUCCUGGUGUACACGGAGAUCGAAUCUCUGGGCAUUAAGGGCUUCCUGACCCAGCUACUGCCAACAGUGUUCAAAUCCCACGCCUGGGGAAUUCUCUACACACUCCUGGAGAUGUUCUCCUACCGAAUGCAUCACAUUCAGCCUCACUAUCGCGUCCAGCUUCUGUCCCAUCUCCACUCUCUAGCCGCGGUGCCGCACACGAAUCAGAUGCAGCUCCAUCUCUGCGUGGAGUCGACGGCUCUGCGAUUGAUCACAGGUCUGGGAUCUGCCGAGGUGCAGCCACAGAUCUCACGGUACUUAUCUGAGCCCAAAACACCGUCAUCUCUGGUGUCUGCCGAAAGUGAGGAGCUGAAUCGCGUGCUGAUUCUCACCAUUGCACGCUCAAUGCACAUCACUGGCAUUGGGAAUGAUCCGUCCAGUAGCUGGUGCCGAGAACUCCUGACCGGGAUCAUGCAGAACACACCGCACUCUUGGGCGUCGCACACAUUGCACUGCUUCCCGCCGGUGUUGAAUGAGUUCUUCACGCAGAACACAACGCCCAAGGAGAACAAGCAGAUGCUGAAGAAGGCAGUUGAGGAGGAUUACAGAAACUGGACGUCAAUGUCCAAUGAGAACGAUAUAAUAGCACACUUUAGUGCCGCCGCAACGCCUCCGCUCUUCCUUUGUCUGCUCUUCAAGAUGAUCUACGAGACGGACGGCAUCAGUCCAGUGGCGUAUAAGAUUCUCGAGAGAAUUGGUGCUCGUGGACUUUCUGUCCACCUUCGCAAGCUCAGUGACUACAUUGUCUUCGAGGUGCAGAACUCCAGCGUUGGAGCUCAUGUGAACAAGUGUGUGGACACCAUAAAUGACAUGAUCUGGAAGUACCACAUUGUCACGAUUGACCGUCUUGUGCUCUGUUUGGCGUUGCGAACGCAGGAAGGCAACGAUGCUCAGGUGAGCUUCUUCAUUGUGCAGUUGGUGCUGCUAAAGUCCACAGACUUUCGCAAUCGGCUGCAAGAGUUUGUCAAGGAGAACUCCCCGGAACACUGGAAGCAGAGUAACUGGCAUGAAAAGCACUUAGCAUUCCAUCAGAAAUACCCUGAGAAGUUCGCUCCGGAUGAAUCUGUGACGCAUCCACCGCUUCCAGUGUAUUUCGGGAAUGUCUGCCUCAGAUUUCUCCCUGUGCUGGACAUUGUCAUUCACCGUCUGUUGGAAAUUACUCCUGCCGGGAGCACAACUCACUCCCCAACUCCGGUUAUUUUGGAUCAUCUUGGGUGUCUCUACAAAUUCCACGAUCGUCCAAUUACUUAUCUGUACAACACUUUGCACUACUACGAGAGGAAAUUGAGAGACAAUCCGUCUAUGAAGAGGACUCUCGUGGGAGCUGUAAUUGGCUCACUGAAGGACGUCCGACCAGCCAAUUGGGCUCUCACGGAGCACUAUCAGAUGUAUCUUCAGAAGUCUGAGACUGAAGCUGGUCAGUGGAAACCAGAACUCACAUAUUACAUCAGCUUACUUCGUCGCCUGAUUGAAACAAUUGAUGGAAAGCAUGUGUUUUACACCACGGAUUGGCGCUUUAAUGAAUUCCCCAAUCCUGCUGCUCAUGCUCUCUACGUGACUUGCGUGGAGCUUUUGGCUCUUCCCGCUAAUCCUCAGCGAGUGGCCAACAGCCUGAUGGACGUCAUAUGCCGAGGAUACACUGUUAUUCCUCCGUCACAGAUCCAUAGUUGGAUAAAUGCGUUUGGACUGGUGAUAUCUAAUCUCCCUGAAUCCUACUGGAGUGUUAUGUACGAUCGUUUGAGGGAUGUUCUGCAAUCUCAUCACAUGAAAGAGUGGAAAUUGAGAUAUUCACCCUUCGAUAUGUUCAACUUCAAGACAACUCAACAUGCAAUGUUGGACAAAACUUAUGUCUUUAUGCUGGCAAUGGCUCAGUCAGUGUUUCAUCACUUCGGCAUUGGCCAAAUUGCCACGAUGCCUGAGUAUGUGAAGGAGAAGCUGAAGCCAAUCAUCGCGACGGAGCACCAAUUGAUCUAUAUAUGCCACCUCGUGGGUCCAUUCUUGCAGCGCCUGGACUACGAGAGACCACGCCAGGUGGCAGAGAUCACGGCCAUUCUCUAUGAAUUGGUUGAGAAGGUGGACAAGAGUCAGGGAUCCGCCCCACUGCUCUACAUGGACUCCAUUUGUGACCUCCUCUACCACAUCAAGUACAUGUUUGUGGGUGACAAGAUGAAGACUGAGUUGGAGGCGAUCAUUCGUCGCCUUCGUCCAAGUCUGCAGAAGCGUCUGAGGUUUAUAACACGCAUGAAUGUUGAGGAGAUUGGUGUGGAGAAGGCGGAAAAUGUGGUGGCAAAUCCUGCAAAUGCUUCCACUCAAAAUACAUCCAUGCCUGGCCAAGCCACAGCUUCGAGUCAGGCGCCGAGUGUCGGUGUUCCUCAGCAGAGAAUUUAAAUUUGACUAAAUAAUACAUUUAUGUAACACUUCUUAAAAUAAAUAAA